AUGCCCGGAAUGAUGGCCAUUAACUCAGGGACUGGUGGACCCAUGUCUGGUGGUCCCAUGUCUGGUGGUCCCAUGUCCGGUGGCCCCAUGUCCGGUGGUCCCAUGUCCGGUGGCCCCAUGUCCGGUAGUCCCAUGCCUGGUGGUCCCAUGUCCGGUGGUCCCAUGUCCGGUGGUCCCAUGCCUGGUGGUCCCAUGUCUGGUGGACCCAUGCCGUACAACCAACAAGGAAUGAUGGGCCCAGGAAUGUUCAUGAAUCCCGCCCAGGUACCGCCAGGGGUCAUGCAUCCAGGAGCGAUGCAUGGAAUGCCGCCGGGCAUGAUGCAGAUGGCCGGGAUGUCAUCUCAGGGCGGGCCGUUGGGUCCAAUGAGCAUAGGCUCCGGCGGCCACCUCGGAGGCAUGGGCCAGCCGGGCGGAGGAGGCUCCAAUACAAUGGGCAUGAUGCAAGCCAUGGGGCAAGGUCCGGGAUCGAACCACGGACCUAUGGCUAACCGCAUGCCCCCAGGCCAGAUGCCGGGACCGGGCCAAAUGCCCCCUGGACCGGGUCAAAUGCCCCCUGGACCAGGUCAAAUGCCACCUGGACCGGGUCAAAUGCCUCCUGGGCCCAGUCCUGGCCAGCUGCCUCCUGGAUCCGGUGCAGGACAGCAGCAGUCGUCGGGCGGCCAACAGCCCACUUCAGGCCAGCCCAAUGGUUCGCAGCAGGGGGGAACGGCGAGUCCUUCUGGAAUGGUGACGCCGAACAUGAACGGAGGGAACCCCACUCCGCCCGCUCAGGACGGUCAGCGAUUUCCUUUCUCAGUGGAGGCACGGCGGUUCGCAGUGGAGUCCUUUACAGGUACUGGUCGGUGCAACUUUAACAAGGCCGCGCUCAAAAAGGGAUCGGAAUGCUUCUUCAUGGAUCGACGAGUACGCAAACUAUGUCCGGUUUUAACGCACGCUCCGGUUGAACGCACACUGAUGAAUACCCUACACAAAUAA